AUGGAUAGCGCGGUGCUGGGGGCGAGCGUGAUGUUGAAGCCGGAAGCGGCCGAGCCGCGCAUCAGCAGCAGCAGCGCGGUUGGCGACGGGGGCGGCGGUUUCGCGGCCUGGGGCGCGCCAAGCGGUGGCGUCGGCGCGCCCGGCGGCGCGCCGCAUGCGCUCGGCGACGCGAUGGGUGGUUUCAAGGCCGAGCGCGGCGGAGAGAGCAUGUAUGGCGGCGUGGCGGGCGGCGCUGGCGGCGGCGGCUUUGCUGACCCUGGAUCGCCGCGGCUGGGCGGCGGCAUAUUCGGCGGCGCCGGCGCGGCCGUCGCUGGCGGGCUGCAGGGGAUGCCCCAGUUUGGGAUGGUCCCGGUGGACGCGAGCCACAUGGGCGUGCGGCAGGCCGCGCGCGACGCGUCCGCCGGCGGCGCCGCGGCCCCGCAGCUCAGCGGCGCCAGCAGCCUGGGCGCCCCCAGCGCGCUCGCGGGCCCGAGCGGCGACGACGGCGGCUCGAGCAGCGGCAGCAUGCCGCCGCCCGCGGGGCGCGCGACGGCGGCGGCGGCGCAGGCGGCCGCGGCUGCCGUGCACCACCACCACCACGCGCGGGACGAGGACGCCGGGCGGCUGGCGGGCGCCGCAGGCAUGCCGCAGGUCUUCCGGUCCGAGUACCGCGGCGUGAGCUAUGAUAAGAAGAAGCGCAAGUGGCGCGUCCAGAUCAAGGUCGCCGCCCUGGGCAAGAGCGGCGUCAGCGUCGGCUACUUUGACACGGAGACGGCGGCGGCGCGCGCGUACGACCGCGCGGCAAUCGGGCUGCUGGGGCGCCAGAACUGCCGCACGAUCUUGAACUUCCCUUUGGAGGAAUACGACAAUGACAACGUGCCGGAGCUCGUGGGUGGGUAG